AUGGCAUUCGGGUACCGCCUCAAGCGGCUUGGGGGGCAAGAUCCGAGGGUAAUUAGAAAUGCUGAAGAGAAAAAUAAAACCAUGGAGGAAAAUUCAAAAAAUCAAUCCAAUGGCAAAAUCAACAGAGUUAUCAAAAGAGCUGCUGCCUGGGAAAUUUCAGAUUCUGAUGCAGACAGUGAUGUUGAAUCACAUCAAACCAGAACUGUUAUCCUGAUGCACCCAGCUGCUGAUACACUGGAUCAUGGCAUUUGUAGUCAUGCUGCACAAUAAAAGAUGAAAAACAUGAGUGUCAGUGUCAGGGAGCCUAAAGAGCUACUUUUGCGAACCUCUCUUCAGCAAGUAACUACAUCCUCUCCAAGCCCAAAUAAAAGGAGGAGAAGGAGAACUCCAGAGAAAAUAGAGGCAGGUCAGGCAAGAGCAGAACCAAGAAAACUCAAAAGGGAAAUCAAGAAGACAGAAAAAGAGAGGAGAAAAGCACAGGAGGCACUAGAAAAACAGCGACAAAGGGAAGCUGCUGAUACCUUGAAACUGCAUCGGCCAGACCAGCGUCUGAAGUACACGACUGUCUGCAUAGACCUAGGUCUACUAGAAGAUCCUGGAUCAGAUGCUUUGAUGGAAGCUUUUUGUUCCUUGGAAUGAUGGUCCCCUGGUGAAGGCUGAAGAGGAAAAUGAGGUGUUGGUGCUGGUAGAUCCGAG